AUGCAGAACAAUCAAUAGCAACUGAAAACUUCCAAUUAACUCAAAACUAAUAAGCCUCCUAUUGAUAUUCGAUCGUCAAGAAAUAAUUAUGAGUAAUCAGCAGAUAAGUCUUCAAUAAAUAAGUCCUUUAAUGAUAAAAAAAAAUCUAUUCCAAAAGCACAUGCUAUUUUACAAGAGUUGUUUUACAAAAGAUAAAAUUCUCAAGAGCAAUUAUUUAACAGAACCUCCAGUCCAAAAUCAUAACUAGACAACACAUCUAUAAAUAAAUCAUAACGAUCUAUUUCACCUCAAUUGCUUUAUUAAAUGCCCUUUGAGAUUAAAAAAAUCUACUAAUAAAUUAAUCACAGACUAGAUUAAUAAAAAUAAUAACAAAAUUACAAAAAUAAAGAUACUUAAAAAUAUAAGACCGAAGAAUCAAAGUCUCAUAAAAAUGAAUCAACAAGUUCUACUAUAAAUGAUUCAGAUGAAUAAAUUUAAAAUUUCAUUAAUUAAGAGGAAAUCGUGUUUACCAUCAUGGCAGUUAUUAGUAGAAAAAAGAAAGUCAUCAAUUAAUGUAAAAAUUAUCUUAAUCGAAUAUCUCUCUUUAUAUUGGAAGAAAAGGAUAAAAUUACAUAACAAAUACUAUCUAAGUAAAUACAUCUAGAGAGAAUAGGCAUCUUGGUUAUUCUAUACAAAGCAUUAUCAGAUACUUUUGAAGAAGAUCAAUAGAAUUUAAAGAACCUGUUAUUCUAUAUACACAACAGUAUGAUUUUGCAUCUUCAAUUAAUCAAUCAAUCUAAUACUCUCUCAUAAUCUCAAAGGGCAUUAAUACAAGCCAGAUUAAAUAAAGUCAGACCAUAAAAAAACUAUCAAUUUUUAGAUAUCAAUUUAAUCCGUAAAAAUUGCAAUGUCGUUUAUUCACUCCUCGUAUUAUUGUACUUAUUUUAUCAAAAUUUCUUAGUAUUGAAAAUUCAACAGAUGAUAAACUUAGCUCUUUAGAAAAAACCUUGGCAAACCUAGAUAGAAUCACAUUACAUUAGGGAACCGAAUUCAUUAAGCAGGAAUAUCAAAAAAUUGUAUGAUUUCUUACCUUAUUUUGUAGUUGUCUCAUAUUGAAUAGUUAAGAUUGACAAUGGAUUCAUAAGAUUUCUAAUUUGACUAUGAAGAAGUGAUAGAUUGUUAUUAGAUACCUUAUUUAUCUAAGACGAAUAGAUACACUUUAGUAAUAGAUCUAGAUGAGACAUUGGUUCAUUAUUAAGAAGUAACAAUUGAUUUUGUAUAUAGUUAGUAGAUGAGGGCCAAUUCUUAGUUAGACCUUUUGCAUAGCAAUUUCUGAAGGACAUGUCCAAAUUUUAUGAGAUUGUUAUUUUUACUGCUGCACAACAAGAUUAUGCAGAUUUCAUUUUAGAUCUUAUUGAUGAAGAUAAAUCCAUCACCCAUAGACUAUACAGAUAACAUACCACUUUGGUCAAAAAUACAUAUGUAAAGGAUAUUUAAAAGAUUGGAAGAGAUAUUAAGAAAACAAUAAUCAUAGAUAAUUUGGCUGAAAAUUUUUAACUGCAACCUGACAAUGGAAUACAAAUCUAAAGUUGGUACGGGGAUUUAGAUGAUCAAGCUCUAUUAUUGUUGUCCCCAUUAUUAAUGUAAAUUGUCUAGAAGAAGAUUCCAGAUGUAAGGGAUGCUCUAAGGAAGUUCAGGGACCAAAUGCAAAGAAACAUAGAGGCUGGAAUAUCAGAUCCUCAUUUGCAUUUAAGCUUAGAGUGA